UUCCCCUUUUCUUUCAAAGUUUCUAUUUCGUUUCAGACCAUCCUGUUCGUGCCAUCUCCCUCUCUCUCUUUUCUCCCGUGACAAGGGCAUCCGAGGGAUUUUGUCCCGAUGCGCUCCGGACGUAUCGGGUAAUUACCAAGGAAAUACCUAAAGCACUGGCCUACUUGCCUAAUAUUCGCCUUUUUCUCCCUUAUACAUCUUCCUUUAUUCCCACUUCCGUACUAUACCGUCCUCGAUGGCGACUAAGCUUGAGACAUGGCUUAUCCUGCUUCUGAUGCCUUCAUUCUUGAGUUUGCAGUAUUUUGUUGUUGCCAAACCACAAGUGCCUUGUUACUUUAUAUUUGGAGAUUCAGCGGUUGACAAUGGCAACAACUUAGCCCUCCAUUCUUUGGCUAAAGCCAAUUUCAAACCCUACGGGAUUGACCUUCCCGCAGGUGUACCGACCGGAAGGUUCACCAACGGUCGCACUUCCACUGAUCUCCUCGCUGAGCUUCUAGGUUUCACCACUUAUCCUCCUCCCUAUGUAACUGCAAGUGGUAAGGAGAUCCUGACCGGCGUGAACUACGGAUCUUCGGGAGCUGGAAUUCGCAAAGAAUCUGGAAGGCACCUGGGCGGUCGGAUCACUAUGGAUAAACAACUAAAACAACAUCUUCUCAUAGUCUCGAGAAUUGCUGAUAUACUGGGGAGCAGGGAGUUAGCCGGAAAGUACGUAAACAAAUGCAUCUAUUCGGUAACGCUGGGGAGCAACGACUACGUCAACAACUACUACAUACCGGUCACUUAUCCGAAUGGAGCACUGUACACCCAAGAUCGAUGGGCUGCUAUCCUUAUUCAACGCUAUGGCCAACAAUUAAGAACACUCUACAACUUUGGAGCAAAGAAGAUAGUUAUUUUCAGCCUGGAAAGGCUCGGUUGCGCUCCCGUCGUGGUUGCUGAAUUUGGUGGCCACCGUAAUCCUGACGAUGUUUCAUGCGUUGAGCACGUCAAUAGGGCGGCGGAACUCUUCAAUGGUAGACUUAUGACACUGGUUGAUGAACUCAACACCGAGCUGCCUGAUGCCAAGUUCGUCUAUGUCGAUGUCUUCACUUUAAGUCCAGCCGAUCUGCUACCCCAUGGUUUUAAGGUGCUAAAUCAUCCAUGUUGCAAGCUGCUGACGGGCAUCGUUGGUGUGUGUCUUCCCGGAAAAGUGCCGUGCGAGGACAGAGAUGACUACGUCUUCUGGGACGGGUACCACACCACUGAGGCAGUCAACAAGAUCAUCGCCAAUAAUUCCUACAAUUCGAUGUCGCCCAAUGGCGUUUAUCCCAUUAACAUCGCCCAAUUAGCCCAGCUCCAAAUUUAAUUGACUACUUGUGCGCGCUUUCUUAUUAAUAAUCGUUGCUAGCUAGAGUUAAUUUCUACACUUGAAGUUUACGAAGGUAAG